GAAAACCAUAACGGACAGGAUCACUGUCGUGAAAACAUAAAAUCUCUAAUCUUAUAAUCAGCCAUGUUCGAACAGGGAAAUUUCUCAACUACAAAGAAAAAAUUCGAAGUUUGGAAUGUGGACGCACUGAUCCUACAAAGAAUUUUCUGAUAGCGGGCAAAUCAAAUUCAUUUUGUAAUAAAACAAAAGAACUUCACCACUAUAUUACGUUCAUGUUAAGGAUGCUCAGUGCUUCGUAUACUUAAAAUAAAAAGCUUGUUUGGCACUACUUUAAUGCAUAUCAUUUAAAGUGGUCUACCAUUUUACAAUAAUUCUGUUCUUUGAAUGUUUAGUACACAAAACAGUAUUUCAAAAAUCAGAAAACUAGGCAGCAUAUGUGGGACAUUACCCAACACACCUGAAUGACAUAUAUGAAAACAAGAAAAUAAUUCUACAAUCAAGUACAAAUAAUAUAUUACUUUUUCAUAUUUAAUAAUCACAAGGUUACAUUUGAAACUAUCUAAAAUGAGAGAUAAUUUUAAUGCACUUCAGUCACUUUUAGUAACUGCCACAGCAGUGAGAAAAGCUGAUGAAGAUGAUCAUAUACUAACAGCAGACACAGCUCCAACACUUAAAAUGACUGGUAUUAGAAUAGAAAAUAAUUCAUGUAUGCAGCCACGAAAACGUUUACCUCUGAAAAUGAUUAUUUCUGCAAUGGCUUCGAGGGAUAUAGAUACUCCAGAAAGAGAACAAGAGCAUCAAACAUUAUAUUCACACACUGCUAAUACAUCCUAUCAUACACUCCUUGAUAGAAUGCAUGAUCCUAACAGAUGUUUUGCAGAAAAAUUGUUUGUUGAUCCUGGAGAACAUCCAGCAAGUCAAAGUGAUUAUGCAUUCCUUUCAAACAUUUUAAAAGACCCUGGCAAUAAAAGAGUUGGCACAGAUUGCCAAACCACCUUUCUUGACAGACCACAUUCUGGAAAAGAAGAUGGAAGUUGUUCUAAUAGUGCAGAUCAGAGCAAUAUGAUUCAGAAUGUAUUAAUCCAAACACUGACCACAGAUAUUCAGCUGAUAACUUAUCAUCCAUAUGUGGAUGUAACACAGAUGAGGAAACAUCAGCAGAUAUGA